AUGCCUAAAGCAAAGACUGGCAAGCGCAAUGCUGCCGCUGCUGGUACACCUUACGAAAAGGCUGCUGCAUUAACCAAUUCGUUCAAGCACAACAAAGACUAUGGACAACAUAUUCUUAAAAAUCCUGGUGUCGCAGAAGCUAUCGUGAAGAAGGCGAAUCUCAAACCUACAGAUACAGUCCUCGAAGUCGGUCCAGGUACAGGAAAUUUGACUGUAAGGAUACUAGAAAGCGCAAAGAAAGUUAUAGCUGUGGAAGUAGAUCCUAGAAUGGCUGCAGAAGUCACAAAGAGAGUACAAGGAAAGCCAGAACAGAAGAGAUUGGAAGUUCUUUUGGGUGAUGUGAUUAAGACUGAACUGCCACAUUUUGAUGUGUGCAUCAGUAACACUCCUUAUCAGAUUUCAUCACCACUUGUCUUCAAACUCCUCUCCUUGCCAAACCCACCCCGAUGCAGUGUUCUCAUGUUCCAGCGCGAAUUCGCUCUCCGUCUUACUGCACGUCCAGGUGAUUCACUUUACUGCCGAUUGUCUGUCAAUGCGCAAUUUUUCGCCAAAAUUACACACAUCAUGAAGGUUGGCAAAAAUAAUUUCAGACCACCCCCACAGGUCGAGUCUUCUGUUGUUCGAAUCGAGCCCAAAACAGGCAAAGAGCGUCCAGGAGUUAGUUGGGAAGAAUGGGAUGGCAUGCUGAGAAUAUGCUUUGUUAGAAAGAACAGAACUAUGAGGGCUAGUUGGCUCGGAAUGAAGCAAGUACUAGCAAUGUGUGAGAGGAAUUAUCGAGUUUAUUGCUCGACGAACAAUAUCGCCCUUGACGAAACCCCAGUCGAAGAUGAAGACGAGGACAUGGAUCUGGACGAUGCCCCAAUUGCCGAGGAGGGAGAAGAAGAAUGGGGAGGAAUGGAUGUGGAGAAAGGCGAAGAGGUUUUCGAUGAAGAAAUGCCAUCUUUCUUUCAGGAACUCAAGGGAACCAAUAAGCCUAAAACCAAGAGUAAAGUACCCAAAACUCGAGUGGCAGAGCUCGUUCGAGAGAAGAUACGCAAGGUUCUAGAGGAUGUGACUGAAUUGGCUGACACCCGUGCUGGAAAAUGCGAUGAGAACGACUUCCUCAGAUUGCUGUUUGCAUUCAAUGAGGAAGGAUUACAUUUUUCAUAA